GGAAAAGUUUUAAGGAAAAUAUAUUAACAAGUUUACACCCUUUUUUUGUAGAGACAGUUUGCCAGUAACCAUAAAAUAUGAAACUGCUCUUUUUCGUUCUUGUAACAUGUUUAUUUUGCAUCUGGAUUGCUGAAGGACAGAUGAAGAGGUGCGGAAGGUCGGAUGAAUGUGCAGAAGAUGAAUGUUGUCAAAUUGUAGAUACCAGUACAAUUGUUAGAAAAGCGUAUUGCAAAAAACUCCACACGGAGGGACAAGAAUGCUUUUUCCCCUAUAAUGACCGCGCAUAUUCAUAUAUAGGCAAUUGCCCGUGCGCAGAUGGAUUGAAGUGCGAUUUAGAAAAUACUAAAAAAUGUGAAAAAUAGGAUUCUGAAAAAUAUUUAUGACCAAAUAUAUUGCUAAAGAAAUCAAGAGGCAAAUUGUUCUUCUAUAAAAUUGUCUUGAAAAUAAAUAUGCAAUGAAAUUAAAGUUAAAUUAAUUUCUAGA